AUGGAGCGCUUGGAGCGGUGCGCUCGCUGCCUGCGGGCCCGGCUGGUGACCGCGGCAAUGCGCCGCCGGCUGCCUUGGUUGCUGCUCGGCCUCGUCUUCCUCGGGUCCGCCCUCAAGGACGCCGAUCUGGUGCUGGAGACGCCCAUGCAGAACAAACGCAACGCGCUCAACGUGUAUUUUGUCAAGGUGGCUUGGGCAUGGACGUUCUGGCUUCUGCUGCCUUUCAUCGGAGUCACCACCUACCUGUUUGCCAAGAGCAAGUUCCUCUACGGCUCCACAAAGAGCAUUCUGGCAGCUCUGCGGCGUCUCAGCACGCUGCUGGUGGGCACUGCUGUCUGGUAUGUGUGCACUGAACUCUUCGAGUACAUCGAGAAUCUCACCGGCACGUGCUCUACCUCGACUAAACUCAGUGAGCCUCACCAGCUCUAUGCCACCAAGCAGGAGUGCCAUCGGAACAACGGGGUCUGGGAUGGUUUUGAUAUCUCGGGGCACUGCUUUCUGCUCUCAUACUGCACUCUCAUGAUCGUGGAGGAGAUGGCUGUGCUGGAAGGCUUGUCCAUAGACCGCAACUCAAGACUGCGUGUUGUUAUCAACAGCCUGUUUGUGUCCUUGUGUUUUCUCACCAUGAUCUGGGUGUUCAUGUUUCUGUGCACUACUGUGUAUUUCCACAAUUUCAGUCAAAAACUUCUUGGUGCACUGAUAGGUUUGGCAGCUUGGUAUGCAACAUACAGAGUUUGGUACUUGAAACCUUUUUCUCCCGGACUACCUCUCCCAAAUGUACCUUUGAGUUCAAAGAAAUACGGUUACAGCCGAUAAUUUUUUUAACUUUGGAUUUUUCUUUCAGUGCCAGAGUAGUUCAGUACAGGCAUGGUUACAGGCUUUCCACCAUAAGGAACAAGGUAACGGGCUGGAGAAAACAGCCUUUACUAGCUGAUGGCUGGGAGGUGAUAAUAAACUUUGUGCUCAUGAUGAAAAAGAAAUUGGUAGUGGAAAAGGUCUGCUCUUGGCUGGGAGUUACUGACAAAGAAAUACAAAGUUGGAUUUGUUUCUUGCAUUAAUAAAUAGAGGAACAGAUCUUCCAAAACUGACAGAGGCCUUUGCGCUUUAAGACCUUAACUGACCUUAAGUUAAUUCUCCCUCUUUCUGUCUACUUUUAUCAAAAUACCAGGGAUGAUCCAGAUGUCUUUUUUUUUUUUUUUAAUACUCCUACUUGUUCUUUCUUAGAGGAAGUCUCUCCUAAUGACUGCUGCUAACUAUUGCAGAAGACUUAACCAAUGUUCAUUUGGUAAAGCAGUGUGAAGCUCAGUUGCAAAAUGCUAACAUCUCAUGUUAUCAGGUAUUAAAUACACCUAACAAGGGUUUGGGGCAAGUUGGUGUAUGCGUGUUCUGCAGCAAAGAGAAUGAAUCUGAGAUACAACAGCUUAAGCAGUCUGUGACUUGAAAGUGAUACCUGUCUUUGGAAAGGGAACUCUUCAAUAACAAGUCUUACCUUCUCCUUGCACUGUAAAUAACUGUAGUCACGUUUUGUAACAUGCUGGACACAAAAAAAUCCCAAGUCUAUUGAGAAA